CGUUGAGAUGGGGGAGGGGAAACUGUUCAACUGAGCGGAACGGGAUGGACUUCGGAGGUUACGUCGUUGGUGCCUAUGCAGCCUGAUUGGCCAGGCAUCUGCAGCCCCGGUCACUGGACUGCCGGAAAAGCUUCAGCAGCUUCAUUCAUACUCCCAGCUCCUCCGCACACACUACCCUUUGAAGGGCUGGACCUUUCUCUUUUCUACAUUAUUGUCCUUAUUUCUAGUUGUCUUUGACGAUGUUUGUCAAGUUCUAGGUCCCACAUUACGCCAAUUUGUUGUCUCCCAUUACAUAGACAGUUUCCGUCCCAAUGGUUACAGCUCUUUUCUUACGCGCCUCUCACCAGACGGUGCGGCCAACUGGCCUACGACAAUGCCAGGUAGCUACCAGCCGUCUGGGAUGUAAUGCGUCCUUGAUUCCAGGGGCCAAGAAGGGUCAAUUUCCUAGGAUCCAGUUGCUCUCAUCGUCUGCAUCCAAAUUACAGGCAGACACCCUUGACCGAACUAGAAAUAUAGGCAUCAUUGCACAUAUUGAUGCUGGUAAAACAACGACCACUGAGCGCAUGCUCUACUACAGUGGCUUUACCCGAAGACUUGGAGAUGUGGAUGAAGGGUCCACCGUCACAGACUUUCUCCCUGCGGAACGCGCUCGCGGGAUCACCAUCCAAUCUGCUGCCAUCACCUUCCAUUGGCCGCCUCAAGCAGCUGGUAAUCAGAUUGCAGCCGCUCAGGAUAAUCCAAAAACUCCAAGGUCUGCCAUAUCUCAUACAGUAAACCUAAUCGACACCCCUGGGCAUGCGGACUUUACCUUUGAGGUUAUGCGUUCUUUGCGCAUUCUAGACGGGGCGGUGUGUAUUCUGGACGGCGUCGCUGGCGUCGAAGCUCAAACGGAACGAGUAUGGCACCAAGCAAGCACAUAUCGUAUUCCCAGGAUUGUCUACAUCAACAAGCUGGAUAGAGACGGUGCAGCUUUUGGGCGUACGGUAAGAGAGAUAAGCUCCCGGCUUGCUGGCUACCCCGCGGUCUGCCAAAUUCCGUGGUUCGAGGGCGGAAAUGGUCGCUUUGUUGGAGUUGGUGAUGCGAUUAAUUUGCAGGGUCUCCGAUGGCAAGAUGGCGACGGUAAAGCCGUCAAAAUGUUCAACCUGCAAGAGUUGGAUGGCGAAGAACCAGGGCUUGCACAGGAGAUUCGACGCGCAAGGACAGCACUUGUUGAGCUACUUAGCGAGCAUGAUGAGACUAUGAUCGAGAGGUUCUUUGAACAUGACGAAGAUCACCUCGCAGUCCCUCCGAACGACAUUAUAGACAGCUUGCGCCGGUGUCUUUUGCAAGAACAGGGUAGAAAGAUCAUCCCUACUUUCGCAGGUGCUAGCUUCCGCAACAUCGGUGUGCAGCCUCUCCUAGACGCCGUGACAAAUCUUCUUCCCAGUCCCCUCGAAACCCCUGAUCCAGAGGUUAGCAUCGGAGGCGUCCGCGGAGGUCUUCGGAGUCUACUCUCCGGCGAUCUAUUAGUCAAGCAGAGCGAGAAAGCAGCUACCUCCAAAGGGAAGCAGAAAAAGAAGAAGUCCGUCACCCAAGCCGAAUCCCAGAAUGCUAUCGAGAAGCUUCAGAGCUGCGCGCUUGCUUUCAAGGUGGUUAACGAUGCCAAGCGGGGAGUCUUGGUUUAUGUGCGCGUUUACUCGGGUUCCCUGGACCGGAACAGUGCUAUAUUCAACACCAAUCUCAAUAUCACUGAACGUGCACCGCGCCUGCUCAAGAUGUACGCUAAUGACGCUGUCGAGGUGGAUUCCAUUCCCGAGGGACAUAUCGGCGUUGUGGCUGGCCUGAAGCAUGCUCGAACCGGAGAUACACUGGUGUCAUACGCAGGCAACAAAUUAACGCCACCCGAACCACUUGACACCCUCCAACUACGCCCAAUCCAGGUGCCGCCUCCCGUUUUCUUCGCCAGUAUCGAGCCACACAGCCUGAGCGAGGAGAAGAAGAUCCAUGAAUGCCUGGCCCUACUCCUACGUGAAGACCCAAGUCUCCACGUCACUGUUGACGAAGACUCCGGGCAAACGCUUCUAAGCGGCAUGGGCGAGCUCCAUCUCGAGAUUGCCCGGGAUCGCCUGAUCAAUGACCUGAAAGCUAAGGCCACAAUGGGCCGUAUUGAAAUCGGCUACCGUGAAUGUCCCCUUGGGGAGUCGCCUGUCACCAGCAAAAUCUUCGACAAGGAGAUCGCCGGCCGCAAAGGUAAAGCCGGCUGCACGGCAGUAGUGGAACCUUUCGACCCGGACAACGCACCUCCAGUACCCGAAGACGCACUUUCAGUUGAAACCAAAGAGGGCAACCAGAUCAUCAUCCUCGCCCCAGAACUGCAGGUAGAAACCAACCGUAAAGGCAUCGAGGAAAGCCCCAUACUCCCCGCAGGCCUAGACAUGCACUCUUUCCGAGCCUCCCUCCAAAAUGGCUGCCUAGCUGCCCUUGCUCGCGGCCCUCAGUUCGCUUUCCCUAUGCACCACACCCGCGUCACCCUUACCAUCAACCAAACCGAACACCUCUUCGGCACCGACACCACCCCAGCAGCUCUCUCCUCCGCAGCCCGUCUGGCCACCUCCGCCGCUCUCCGCGACCUCCUCUCCUCCGGCCCAGGCACCUCCCUGAUGGAGCCCGUCAUGAACGUGAUCAUCAGCAUCGACGAGGCCAGUCUCGGAGCCGUCGUACACGACAUUUCCUCCUCUCGCGGCGGCCAUAUCGUUUCCCUCGACGAAGAAAUCCCCCUUACAUCAACCGACCUCUCCGCGUCCCCCCAACCGGUUGAAGACCUCCCACCCAUCGACCCGAAGAAGGUCUAUGCCCCCGCGGAUCCAUUCGAAUCUGGAUCCGUCGGUGCCUCCCUCCCCGACACCGCCAACCGACCCAGAACCAUCACGGCAAAGGUACCUCUCAAGGAAAUGGUCGGGUACUUGAAACACCUACGCAGUCUGAGUGCCGGCCGCGGUACCUUUGUAAUGAGCGUCGAUCGGUUCGAGAAGAUGAGUACCCCGCGGCAGAAGGCUGUGUUGACGGAAUUGAGAGGCGGAUUCUAGAUCGACCUUCUUUUCCCUAUUCUUCU